GGUUUUUUUGUAGCCUUUUCAGAUCUGAAUAUAAUUCUCCACUUACGCAUGCGAAUUAUAUUGGGCACAUCGCAGUAACGCGAUCUAUAAUCUUAGAUCAGGAUUUUUCUUUUUGGUCAAUCCUUAGAUUUCAGCUAUUGAAGUCGGAAUAAUUUUUACCUUCUUAUGGAGGAUAAUUAAGAGGGAAUCUUUGGUAUGGCUGCUAUUGCUACGUCCCCUUCUACUGACAUUCGAUAUGGGCCAGAUGACCCUACCCUCCCAAAACCAUGGAAAGGCCUGGUUGAUGGUAAGACCGGGUAUCUGUAUUACUGGAAUCCGGAGACCAACGUUACCCAGUAUGAGAGGCCCGUUAUCACUUUGAAUGCAAGCUCUGCUGUGCCUUACAAAUCUUUGAGUUCGUCAGUUCAAAAGUUUUCUCAAGGUUGCCGCACAGUGAAUGAUGAUGAUGAUAAAUAUAACAGAGGUUGCAACGGUGGGUCAAUGAAGGUUGCUUCUGGGACAGGAAGUUAUCAGAGUGCAAGAAGCAGAUCAGAUCAUUCACAUGAUGAUCUGAUUGUAAAAGCAAGUUCUGGAUUUGGAUCGUUCUCUUCAAAAGUUGCAGAAAGUGGUUUAUCUGCCAAUUCUUAUCGUGAUCGGCAUGACAUAACUGUAACUGUAAGUGGAGAUAAUGUGCCCCCACCUUUCACUUCAUUUGAAGCUACUGGUUUUCCUUCAGAGAUUCUUAGGGAGGUUUACCAUGCUGGAUUUUCUGCUCCCACACCAAUACAGGCACAGUCAUGGCCAAUUGCUCUACAAGGUUCUGACAUAGUAGCCAUUGCGAAGACAGGCUCGGGGAAAACUUUGGGUUACUUGAUUCCUGGCUUUACUCACAUAAAGCAACGACGCAACAAUCCCAAAUUAGGUCCAACAGUUUUAGUGUUGUCACCAACAAGGGAGUUGGCAACUCAGAUACAAGCUGAAGCUGCAAAGUUUGGAAAAUCAUCUAAGAUAUCUUGCACUUGUUUGUAUGGAGGUGCACCAAAAGGACCUCAGUUGAGAGACCUGGACAGAGGUGUAGAUAUAGUAGUUGCUACUCCUGGUCGCUUGAAUGAUAUUAUAGAGAUGAGAAGAAUAAGCCUCCGUCAAGUUUCGUACUUGGUGUUAGAUGAAGCAGAUCGGAUGUUGGAUAUGGGGUUUGAACCUCAGAUAAGAAAGAUUGUUAAGGAGGUGCCUACUAGUAGGCAAACACUUAUGUACACGGCAACAUGGCCAAAGGAGGUGCGCAGAAUUGCUGCUGAUCUACUGGUUAGACCUGUUCAGAUUAACAUUGGAAAUGUUGAUGAGCUUGCUGCCAACAAGGCUAUUACCCAGUAUGUUGAAGUCCUUUCACCCAUGGAGAAACAUAGGCGGCUGGACCAGAUAUUGAGAUCUCAAGAACCAGGAUCAAAGAUAAUAAUAUUCUGUUCAACAAAGAAAAUGUGCGAUCAACUUGCACGUAAACUAACCCGCCAAUUUGAUGCGGCUGCUAUUCACGGAGACAAAUCUCAGGGUGAGAGGGAUCAUGUGUUGAGUCAGUUUCGCACUGGAAGGUCACCCGUGCUUGUAGCCACUGAUGUUGCUGCUCGUGGCCUGGACAUUAAAGAUAUCAGGGUGGUAAUAAACUUUGACUUUCCCACGGGAAUAGAGGAUUAUGUUCAUAGAAUUGGAAGAACAGGACGGGCAGGUGCCACUGGAGUGGCUUUUACUUUUUUCUGUGACCAGGAUGCUAAACAUGCAUCAGAUCUUGUCAAAGUUUUGAACGGAGCAAAUCAAUGUGUCCCUGUUGAAAUUCGUGAUAUGGCUCUACGUGGAAAUGGAAUGGGAAAGGCAAAACGUCAAUGGGGUUCAGGCCCUAGCAUACUUGGUGGAGGUCGUUUUGGACACUAUGAUUCUGUCUAUGGUGGAUGGGAUGCGGGACGUGGCGGCAGUAGGCAUGGUGCACGGCGCAGUAGAAGCCCUGGUAGAAAUUUAGUGUAACGGAAUAUGAUUCGAGAUGGAAAGGGGACGCUGAAUAUUGAUGAAUUUUGUGCUUCGGAUGGGGCAUUUUUCUAAGUAGUAUUUUUUUAUGCUGUUGUAUUCUUUGUGGUUGGAACUCGUUAUUUGGAUAGUGCUUCAGCUAACUGCUGUUGAAUUUUUACUUGUGAUAGCAACAUAGAGACGGAUAUAUUACUCUCGAUUAUACAUUUGUUCUAUUAAUCUGAAACUAAGUAAUCACUUGCACGUCUA